AUGGCAGCCAUUCGUCAGUUCUAUAAAGACUCAACGGUCCUGAUUUCGGGAGCCACCGGAUUUCUCGGUCAAACUAUGCUGGAGAAAACCAUCCGGACGCUUCAACCCCGAAAGGCGUACCUCCUGAUACGCAAGAAAAAAGGUCUCGAUGCACAGCAAAGACUUCAGAAGCUGAUGCAGGGCGCUGUCUUCGAUCGGGUUCGCUCGUUGUCUACCGUACCAACAAAGGUAGAAGCAAUCGAAGUGGACAUGACCCGACAAGAUUUGGCACUGAAUGCGGAAACUCGUCGUCAGCUAGAGCAAGAAGUCAACGUCGUCUUCCAGCUAGCAGCAUCCGUCAGUUUCAACGAACCACUGGAAGUAUCCCUAAGAGAAAAUGUGCAAAAUAACCUGCACUUGUACGACCUAGUGAAGCAGAUGAAAAAUCUCCAAUCAGCCAUGCAAGUAUCCACGAUGUAUUCCAACUGUGAUAACAGUACUAUUCGGGAGAAGGUCUACACCGAUGUAGGAUUCGGUGGAUACGAUUCGAUUGCCAAUCUUCUGAGUCAGUUGAGUGACCCAGAGAAGGAUGCCUUAACUCCGUUCAUCGUGAAGAAUCUCCCGAACACCUAUGCGUUUGCAAAGAAAUGUGUCGAGGCAAAGAUCCAGCAGGAGUAUUCUAACAUACCAGUCGGGAUAUUCAGGCCUCCUGGAAUUACUUCGACGUACGAAGAGCCACUGGUUGGAUGGAUCAACAAUCUGUAUGGUCCAGGUGGCUACAUGCUACCCAUACUUCUAGGGUUGUACAGUGCCGUCUUCGUGGACAGUACAAAAGUUCCAAUGUUUGCUCCCGUUGACUACUGUUCCAAUGCCUUACUGUUGAGCGCGGUCGACGUAGCUAGAAACUUCAAUCCUACCCAAGACAAUAUUCCGGUCUACAACUACGCUGAUAGCUGCUGUCCAAACUAUGGAAAAAUGUAUGACUAUCUUCUUGAAGGACUACCCUGGCCAAAACGAUAUAUCUAUCGCCACUUUAUGAACACCCGUACAACGAACGAGUCUCACUACCGCCUUGCAGUUCACCUGAUGCGAUCUCAUGCUUCGGCCGUGGAUCAGAUCCGUAUCUGGACCGGUCAACGACCGGGCAUACGAAAGGCCAUUGAGCGAGUUCUUCAAAUGAUGGAAAAAUCUCGACUGUUAACGACAACCACCUGGGAGGUGGAAAAUGCUAAUGUACGACGAAUUCAACAGAAUCUUGAUCCCGAGGAACGAAAGCUAUUCCCGUGUGAUCUGAGGACUGUGGAUUGGCGUCAACACUUCGCGGAUUUUACCAUCGGGACCAAGAAGCACGUGUUGAAAAUGGGUUGA